AUGGAGCAGAGCACGCUCCCCACGUUUUCCUUCAACGCGUGUGCCACUGACGCCAAUAACGUCGGCACCGAGUGGUUGAAGUGGGUGAGACGCUUCGAGAACUUCGUGGUGGCCUGCGGCAUCACAAGUGACGCCCGUAAGACCGCUUUGCUGCUACACUACAUCGGGCAGGAAAUCCAUGACACCUACUGCGCGCUUCCCGAACCUCCCGCGACCGCACCUGCGGCAACAGCGUCAGCUGUCUCAAGCACCGCUGGCGAAAGCCUGCUCUACACCGCAGCACGCAAGAAGCUGGACGCCUACUUCGCUCCAAGGGUCAACACAACCUUCGAGGUCUACCGUUUCCGGCAAGCCAAGCAGGUAGAAGGAGAGUCCCUUGACUCGUUUUACGCCAAGCUACGACAGCUAGCGCGACACUGCGCCUUCGCCGAUUCAUACAUGGAAAUCAAAAACCAGAUCCUGCUGUCUACAACAUCUUCACGCCUUCGCCGCUAUGCCAUGCAGCAUGACCUCGAUUUGGAGGGAAUCCUCAAACAGGGCAGGAUAUUUGAGGAGGUGGAGCACAACGUCACCUUGAUAGAACAAGGAAGCCAGCAGCAGCCGUACUAG